AUGAUUGUUCCAGUUAGGUGUUUCUCCUGUGGUAAAGUUGUUGGUGACAAAUGGGAGGCUUACUUGAAUAUGCUACAGGAGGACGAGUUGGACGAAGGAACUGCGCUGUCGAGACUUGGACUCAAGAGAUAUUGUUGCAGAAGAAUGAUCCUGACGCAUGUAGACCUCAUAGAGAAAUUCUUGAGAUACAAUCCGCUAGAGAAAAGAGAUUGA